ACGCCGAGCGAGGGUGUCGCCUUCGUUGCCAAUAGUUCAUGGUAUUUCUUGCUUGUUUCGAAAGCUGUUUCGGUGACAGCAACAAAGUUGCGCAUUUUUCUAAAGAGUUUCGUUGUUCCCUCAUUUUAUCUAGGCUACUAACUCAGACGAACGUACGAUAUCAAAGUAAGAGCCCGGCUAGACUUGAAGACGGAUCGCUGCAGUAGAGGAGUCUCUCAUAUCACCCUCUCGACUUGGGCAGUGGAUCUCUCACAAAGCCAGGGGGGAUUGCGAACCCACUCCCCUUACUCUUAGGGCGAAAGCACUGACACUUUUCAAACCUUUUCACAGGCCACACUCUGAGACAAGCGUCGCAAACUGGUGAAGAUAGGCAAGCCGUAUUGUUUAGCGAUUCGAAACAGUGCCAUAGAUUCAGGGAAAAGUGGCAGGAUACGACGUCUGAAAUGUGGCUGCUUAAGUUCUGUGCUGUCGCCCUUCCUGCCCUCGUCCUCAGCGUGAGCCUCCCAGGCGGCUUUUACAGGAGAAGAGUGGACGCCGAUCCAAUCUACAAACAGAUGGCGCACUUUGCCAUAGCACAGCACACUGCUGACCACGACUACUUUGACACUGUGCUGGACCUCAUUCAGGUGGACGUUCAGAGCGCCGCCGGCUUCAACUACCGACUGAAGUUCACUACGGCGGAAUCCAGUUGUCGAGGAGCGGAGACAUACAGCCCGGUCACGUGCCAACCAAAGAGAAAGGAGGUGAAGGAAGUCUGCACCGCGUUCGUCUUCUUCGUCCCAUGGGUGGGAAAUCGCUCUCUUACUUCAAUGAACUGCGAACCUCCUGACAGGCGAUUUCAUUUGCAAUCAAGGGUCACACCAUGAGAACAUCUCAUUUGAUAUUGAGAAUGAUCAUACAGAGGCAUAAUGCUAGUCUCUUUUCCAAUACCUCACCUCAGCGAAAGAGGUUGUUUCUAAGGGGCUUACACUGUUUCAUGACCCACACUCAUGCUCUUGGGCAAAGUAAUUUUGCAGGAAUGACUAUAAAACAUUUCAUAUAUCAGUAAAGAUAGUACGUCCUAUUCUGUUUCACUGUACUCAUUGCAUUAUUCUUAUUUCAUUUUGUAAAAUAAAUAUUUUUCUAUGGUAGCAUUUCUGCUGCCGGAACCAGCUUAGUUGAACUUUCUUUCAGCCAUCACAUUGCUUUUUCUCUUUUAGUAGUGACAUGUUCAAUUAUUUCUUUUAUUUUGCUUUGCCUAUAUACAUUGCUGCAAUAAGUUUUAUGGCAGUUUUGAUCUAUCCAUUUUACGGCCUCCUGCUUUGGCGUCAAUAUCUACUGCGUUUUCUUGCGGAGAAAAUAAUAUAUGUACAUACUGUGCUUUACAUGUAAUAAAUUUUGUC